AUGGUCUUCACUCACUUCCGCGCAAGACCUUUCCACUUGACCCUGCAGACCUUCAAACUCAUGUGCGCCGUUCAUCUCUUCCAGACACACGUCUUCGCCGUCGGCGCGACCAGCGGACCCUCCAUGUGUCCCACCUUCGCCGUGGAUGGCGACUGGGUGGCCACCGACAUGACCCAUGCGCGCAAUCGCAGAAAGGAGCUCCGGAUCGGUGACCUGGUGCAGUAUCGCAUCCCCAUCUUGGAGAAUGCAGACGGCAUCAAGAGACUGGUCGGCCUACCGGGAGACUACGUCUGCAUGGGGACACCAGGGGAGAGGGGGGAGGACCAGAUGAUCCAGGUUCCAGAGGGGCAUUGCUGGGUGCUAGGUGAUAAUUUGACUGCCUCGAGAGACUCGAGGAUAUUUGGACCCUUGCCGCUCGCGCUCAUCAAAGGCAAGGUCGUCGCGCGAGUUCUGCCAUACGGACAAAGUGGGUGGCUGCACAAUCCACUGCAGUCAGCGGAAACAUCCCAACUGGGUUCGUAG